AUGGCAGCCAUCAUCCCAACCCGUAUGGAGCUUCAGAAUCUUAAAGAGAAACUGAAAGGAGCUCGUAAGGGUUAUGAUCUUUUGAAGAAGAAAUCUGAUGCUCUUACAAUGAAAUUCAGAAGCCUUCUUCGUGAGAUUCGUGAUACCAAACUUUCAGUUGGUAAUGUUGCUAAAGAUGCACUUUUCGCCUACACAGAAGUUAAGUUCGUUGCAAGUGAUAUCUCUCCUACAGUUAUUCAAUCCGUUGGAAACAUGCCUCAACUUCUUUUGAUGACAAUCGAUAACAUUGCAGGUGUUCGCACACCACAAUUCCACCGUACAAACCAAGGCACUGAAAAUACUGAUCUCCUCGGUCUCGCUCGUGGUGGUCAACAGAUUCAAAAGGCUAGAGAGGAAUUCACAAAGUUCCUUGAUAGUCUUGUUCGCCUUGCCGAGUUACAAACAGCUUUCAAUGUCAUUGAUGACGUUCUUCGUAUCACAAACAGACGUGUUAACGCUAUGGAAUGCGUUCUUAUUCCAAAGUACCAGGCCGCUAUCGCAUUUGUCGAUUCAACACUCGAUGAAAACGAAAGAGAAGAGUUCUUCCGUCUUAAGAAGGUCCAGGAAACAAUCAAAGCUAGAGCUGCUAAGGAAGAAGAAAUCAGACUUGCUCGUUUCAAGACAGAUGGCGAUGCUGACAAGAAGGAAGAGAAACAAAAUCUUCUUGAAGAUUCUACAGAUGAUUCUGACCUUCUCUUCUAA